AUGGCCAUGACAUGGAAACAUGAGGAGAAUAAAACCGAUUCUUCAGGAUACCCAAGAAGUACUUGUUGUUUUACCAAUGAAUUUACAUUAAAUAUUCAAAAUUUAGCAGGCUGUAAUUUUUGGAAAGCAUCAGAAGAAAAUACAACUGGAUCACUUUGUGCUUUAGUUAAGACUUGCCAUUUUGUUAUUAAUGGAGAUAGUUAUUUAUUUUCAUUAGAAAAUCACGAAGAUAUAGGAAGCGAAAUGAAUCAAAUAUUAGCCAGUAGUGGUAGUUUUAGUAAAAUGAAAGUGGAACUUUGUUUACCUAAUUGUUUUGGAAAUCAAAUUUGUAAAAUGAUUAGUAAAAUUAAGAAUGAUAGAAUUACUACAAUCGUUUUUUGUUUUGACGAAUUUACAAAUAUAACGGAUUUUAUUGGGAUUCCAAGAAAUAUCUUUUCUGGAUUUGAAAACAUUAGAGAAAUUAUUUUUGAAAUCUACAAUAAAUCUCAACUUUCUUUUGUCAAAGUGAUAGCUAUUUGUGUUGCCAAGAUUAAAAAUAUAAGAAUAUCCAUUUAUUUUGAUACAAGUAUUGGUGGAAAGUUAUACAAUACUUUGAAAUAUAUUUUAAAAAAGAAAAUAAUGUUAUCAUUAUAUGAAAAAUCAUAUCAUUCACAAAAUCAUUUAUUACAAGUUUUAAGUUUAUUGGAUUAUAGGUUUCUACCCUUUAUUACAGGAUUAAGUAUUCAUAUCUCUUCAAAAGUACUAUUGAAAAAAUAUUCAAAUUUACUUAACAUUAAAGAUUGGGAGGAGGUAUUAUGUAGCCAGAAUUCAAAUGGAUUGGGAAAAGAUUUUCUAUUUAUUACUAAACUUAGGAAUUUGGAAACAUUAUCCUUAUAUAAUGUUUCUUCUUUCCAUAAGGAAAUAAUUUUACACCGUUGA